CCUUCCAGCAGCCAUCCAUCCAUCCAUCCAUCCAUCCAUCCAUCCAUUCGUUGUUGAUGUUAGAGCGGUGAUGGAGAAGCCGAGGGACCGCUGCCGGCGCCGCUAAGCUAGCAGCGACUCAGCCCGGCCCCGACGAACCGACACCGAGAGGCGGAUAGAGGGAGAGGAUGGAAACGGUCGAGCAGCUCGUCUCUUUUCACCACAUUCAGGUCCAGUUGAGCGGGGGCGCGCCUUGGGGGUUCACGCUGAAAGGAGGUCUUGAGCACGGCGAGCCGCUCAUCAUCACUAAAAUCGAGGAUGGAGGGAAGGCCGCCCACUGCAAGAAGCUGAAAGUCGGCGAUGAACUCAUCAACAUAAACGGAUCUGCCCUCUACGGCAGCAGGCAGGAAGCCCUCAUCCUCAUCAAGGGAUCCUACAGGAUACUGAAGCUCACAGUCAGGAGACGCAGCGUUCCUCUCAUCAGGCCUCACUCCUGGCACCUGGCAAAGCUACCGGAGCUCCCCCUCCCUCCCCCUCCACCUCCUCCUCCUCCCCCUCCACCUCUGCCGCCCUGCCUCCCCGCCACCGACUCCCCUCCACUCCCUCCUCCACCUCCACCUCCGUCUGCCAUGCAGCUCCACCCCGGACAGUACUCACUACCCUGGCACACAACUGACAACAGUGACUUGUCCAUGCAGUGGGGUCAGCUGUCCAGGCCUUACUCCUCCACCGACCGAAGCAGUUCUCUGGGCUCCAUGGAGAGCUUGGACACUCCGACGCCCACCACACAGCCGUACUCCGACUCCCAUAAUUCACCCGUCGACCCAACCCUCUUCAACAACAAGAGAGACUCUGCCUACAGCUCCUUCUCGGCCAGCUCGAACACAUCAGACUACGCCACGGUGCCACUAAGGCCCGGAGAAGCCUGCUCCAUGGAUAACCUCCUCCAGAGCCUGGGGCCGACUUGUCAAGGUGACAGCAGGUCAUCUGGUGAGGCCCCAGAUGAGGCGCAGCUGAUUGCACACAAGUCCAGAUCCCUGACGAGGCCAAGACCGAGGCAUGUCGAGGUGAAAGAGAGGCCUUCAUCCUGCUGUUAUGAGCAGGAGCGGAGGGUAGAUGUUGAGAUUGUAAGAAAUGGAGAAAGGGGAGCAGACAGAAAGAUGAACCCCCCUCAGCCUCCGACUAGGAAGGAUAGUUUUAGGGCCACCCGGAGCCACCCUAAUGCUGCCAGCCAACGUUGCGCUUCAGCUCCUAUCGAAAACUCCAGUGUUUCUUGUUAUUUUGAGGAAAACAAGUCCUCUCUGAAUGUUGAAUCAGGACUUCCUAAUGGCAUCCCUGUGUCAGAAGAAGGUGAUCAAACCGAGAGUUUCAAAGAGGAAAGUGUAGACUCGCAUUAUAUCCAAAGACACAUCAGAUGUGAGACCGGUGCUAAUAAAGACUACAAGUCAGAGACCACCUCAGAUCACCUCUCUGACUCAGUGACAGUCUCCCCAGUCCCUACAAUCCCCUCUGGUCCUUCAUCUUUACCUGCCGAAUCCUCUUUAGAGGCUCAAGGGGCGAUCACACGCUCCCAGACAAAGCACUCUUCUGGACUGCACCGGCACAGCGCGCCUGAGAAGCUACUAGCUACACAACUUCAGUUAUUGCAGUUCAACAGGGACAGCCCUUCACUGGAGCCUUACAGUCUGUCAAACGUGUCAGAUCCCUCCUUGUCCCCUUGUAGCAGUCAGUGGUCCCACUCUUCACUCCAACCCGCCACAGAAGACCAGGAAGCUUCUCACAACCACCUUAAUGCACCAUCACACAAAUGGGGAGGCAGUCGAUGCUCAACUCCUGGAUCUGUGUUCUUGGACGGUGACGAUGGAUAUUCAGGUGAAAGGCUGGAAGAGAUUAAUGUAAAUGGCAGUUCUGCCUCACCAGUUCAUCAUCACAUCUCAUGGGGCCGCUCUGUAAGUGUACCAGUGGAACCCACAAAAUCAUCAACGCAGGAAAGAUUGAGCUCUGACACAAUACUGGAGAGUGACUUUGUGCCUCUUAGUGCUGCUGCCAGUGUGGACACUCUCCUGGAGGAACAAAGAGCAGGGGAGAGGGGUAGAAGUGGCGGGAGAAAGGAGGAGGGUGUAGAUGGAGAGGCAGUCAUGAAAAAGUCAAACUCAUCCAGAAACCAUCGACGGAACCGUCGUCGCAGUGAGCGUUUUGCUACUAAUCUUCGCAAUGAGAUUCAGAGGAAAAAGGCCCAGCUUCAGCGUAGUCGUGGCCCAGGAGGGUUGCUCUGUAGUGGAGAAACUGUCCAGGAAGAGGAGGACCCAGACCUCAGUGAAGAAGGACCAGAACCAGACCUGCCUGCACAGGAUAAGAAUGCCAAAGUUGCAUUUGCCUUCCCUGCUGUUCCCCUAGAUUCCCAGAGCUCCUCAGCAGUCAAGACAUCAAACAACUCGAAUAAAUCAAACCAUGAUGUCUUGCAGUCCACAGCUUACCCUCAGAGCAACAACAUCUCCAAGUCUGUUCAAAUUCUAGACCCAGGUGUGCCUAGUUUUGGUCUAGGCAUCCGAGUUGUAGAAGAACCAGCUCCUGCUGGUAAGGCCCGGCGAUGGCGUUGGACCCCUGAGCAUAAACUUCAGCCUGAACCUGAUCCAGAUCGACGACAUGGAGUCUCGGGUGAGAGGGUAUUAGGGGUCACGGGGUCACGUCACGGGGUUUGUUCCUUCACCUCCUCAUCCACUUCCUCCUACAGUCGCUCCUCUUCAUGCUCUCGAAUGGAGGAGUCGGAUAUCCUUCCAUUUGCAGAUAGAAUGAAGUUUUUUGAGGCGACUAGCAAAGGCAUGUCCGUGCCAAAUGCUUUGAGUCUGUCGAGUUGCAGGCAGAAGAAAACCUCCGACCAUCUGGAGCACCAGGGGGGAGAGCUGGAUCAGCAUCCAGCCCAAAGGAGAUACUCAUAUCAAGGAGGACUUAAGCAGGAAAAUGCCCUGCUUCCAAACGCUAUGGAGGCCAGGAGGCAGUCUGUGAGUAACUUCAGGGAGAGGCAGAAAGAGAAGGAGAGGGAACAAGAGAGGGAAAGGGAAAGAGAACGGGAAGAGAGGCUAAGAGAAAGGGAGAGGCAACAGGAGAAGGAAAGACAAAUGAGGGAACUAGAAAAGGAGAGUGCAAGGCUGAGGGAGAUUCAGCGGGAGAGGGAACGAGAGGAGAGGGUGAGGCAGUGGGAGAGGGAGAGGCAGAGGGAACUGGGGCUGCAAAGGGAAAAAGAGAUGGAGGUAGUCAGAGAGAAGGAAAGACUCAAAGAACGAGAGAAAGAGCUUGAGAGAGAACGAGAGAAGGAAAGGGAAGAAAAUUCUCAGCUCAACUCCCAUCAAGAGUUUUAUGGCACUUCUGGCAUCAAGGACAGAAACCAAGACUUCCAGCACAACGACAACUUCCAUAACUUCCAGCCCAAGCCUCAGGUGUUCUCCCAUGGCCAAACCCAGAAUCAAGUCCCACGGUCGGCUUUUCAUCCAGUCAACACUCCCUCCCAGCUGUUGGAGAACCAGCAACCUCUACAUCAGGGAUACACAGCGAGGAGCUACACACCCACAGAGACAUAUCUGGCCCGGCAGCAGGAAACCACCAGGCUCAACAGGAAGUACAGCCUGACCGAGAGGGACUGGAGGCGUGAGUCCAGACCACCAGAGAGCACCAAUCAGCAGCACCUCCAUCAGGGUCGCUGGGGUCCCAGGCAGACCAGCAGCAGCAGCAGUGAUGACUACAGCGGACACUCCUUUGCCCCUCCACCUGCACCUCUUCUCCGAGGACGAGCCAUGUCAGAGAACGACCUCCGCUUCGACGGCAGCCACCGCUGGUCGCCGUCGAUCUCCUCGGCUGCCAGUCAGACCCUGAGCAAGGUGGAGGAAGGAGGCGGCGGCGAGGGGGAAGAUGCUACCAGCAACGCCAGGCAAAACAGGAAAAAGACGCCACCUCCCCCGAGGCCGCCGCCGCCCAAGUGGGAGCAAUUCCACCGCCGGCGUUCAUCCCACCACGCCUUGUUCUCUUCUUCUUCUUCUGCUGCUCCUCAGUCCAACCCUCCUCAGACCCACUCCUCCUCCUACAUCCCUCCACCUGAGGAGUCCAGGCAGAGGUCCUACAGCCUCCCUCCGGAGAGGCACAAGGCGUCGGACAGCUGCCCAAGAUGCAGCUGCAGCCAAACCCCAGAGAUUCCCCGCGGCCCGUCCAAUCAGAGCCAGGCUCCGUUUCAGGAAGUGUCCUUUUCUGUCGCCCCGCCCAGUCCCAUGUUCUCCAGGAGGGCCUUCAGACCGGUGGCACCUCCCCCAGAGAGAAAAGGAGGGAAACCUCCACCUACACCACCACCGACUCCAGCAGCAGAGACCGGCGUGAGCAGUGUAUCGAUGGUGGAUGUGAGUCCAGACCAGGACAGGAUUCCAGUGAAACCUCACAAACAGCAGCUCAAUGUGAGACCUGGAGCUGAGUGGGAGAGAACUCCAUCUCCCAGAGUUCACAGCGACACCGUUCUUCACCCGCUCUUAGAAAAUGGAGAUGCUGGUGGGUAGGUUCCCCUACUUCCUCGUACUUCAAUCAAACUGAUUACGAGCAGCAAGCAGCAGCUCUGUAUGAACAGAGGCUUCCCGAUCGAAGAGCAGCAGAAGAUCCUCGAACCGGGAACAGAAUCUGAGACGACCCUCAGCCCGAGUCCCGCUCACAGCCUGGAGGCCGACCUGGAGCCCAUGGAGACGGACAUCGACGACUUCCAGGGAGAGGAGCUUCCGGCGGAGGACGUGCCCAUCACCAGCGAGCUGCCCUGCUUCGCUCUGCCUGUCACCGUCCUGGAGACGGACAUCGACACGCUGCCGGAGGCUUCGCCGUCAGGCAGGACAGAGAGCAGCUCCCUGGAGGAGGAGCUGGAGGCCGGGGGACGGCAGCAGAGAGGGCUGAGCCUGGAGGAGCUGUUCCCUCAGAAGCGAGGGGAGUCGGGCACAGAGGGCUGGAGAGGAGCCUACCAAACCACGGAGCACAACACCGACAAGAUUUUGGAUAGGUGAGGAGGAGAGGCUUAAGCGGUCCGGUGCAGCUCCAGCUGUUCGUCUUAUUACAGCACAUCAGCCGCCAAGCGUCAGAUCCUGUCCCAGAUGAAGGACUUCACCGAUAACAGGGAGCGGGGCGAGGACGACGAGCUGACCUACAAGAAACAGCUUAUGGAAAGCUCCGCGAAGAAGCUGGGAGUGCUGAGGGAGCUCAGAGGGGGUCUGCAGGGACGACAUCCGAAGCCCAACGCACAGCUGGGAGAGGAGGUGGAGAACAUGGUGGUGUCAGUGUGCAAACCCAAUGAGGUGGACAAGUUCCGCAUGUUCAUCGGCGACCUGGACAAAGUGGUGAGUCUGCUGCUGUCGCUGUCUGGGAGGCUGCUGAGGGUGGAGACGACGCUGGACACACUGGACCCUGAGACAGAGCACCAUGAGAGGCUCCCCCUGCUGGAGAAGAAGCGUCAGCUCAUGAGGCAGCUGUCCGAGGCUCAGGACCUGAAGGACCACGUCGACCGGCGAGAGCAGGCCGUCAGCCGGGUGUUGGCCCGAUGCCUCUCUCCAGAGCAGCACAGAGACUACAGGUACCGAGGUUUAUUCAGCCGACGAUGUUUUAUGUCCACCGUUUAGUAGUAAGGCGCCACAUGUAGCUCACAGAACAGGAACACAAAUAAACCAUGUGAAAGUUCACAAAACUCCUUCAAUGUGUUUGUCUGGCACGCUCUAAAUCAGGGGUGUCACACAUACGGCCCGCGGGCGAAAGCUGUCCCUCCAGAGGGUCCAGUCCGGCC